UUAUACUUACAAACGUCACUUCAACACUUUCAGGAAGGAACGAGUGGCUCAGUCAGCGAGUUUGAACAACUUUCACAGUGUCUUUUUCUUUUACGGAGGAACUUCUCACCGGGGAAUGGCUUCCGCGCCGCCGUCUUCGCUCCACCUGAGGGCGAGCGAUGUCAUCCAGAAAGAGUACCUGGACGACGGAGGAUUCGGAGAAGUGUACCUGUGCUACCAUGCCACCUUGGGCCGUGUCGUGAUGAAAACCAUGUACACUGGUCCUCUUCGAAACGAGGAGAGCAAGAGGUCCCUGCUGGAGGAAGGGAACAUUAUGGCUAGCCUGAAGCAUGAGCGGGUGGUAAAGUUGCUGGGUGUCAUCAUGGAGGACCGAGGAUGCUCACUCGUCAUGGAGCUGAUGCCCAAGGGGAACCUGUUGGCCAUGCUGAAGAAGGUCCAUGUGCCUGUAUCAAUCAAGGGGAGAAUUAUUGUAGAGAUUUUGGAAGGGUUGGUGUACCUCACGAAAAGAAAUGUCCUACAUAAAGACAUCAAGCCCGAAAAUAUUUUAAUCGAUGAAGAUUUUCACAUAAAGAUCGCGGACCUUGGCCUUGCCACAUGCAAGACAUGGAGUAAACUCACCAAAGAGGAGUCUUGCAAGAAGAGUCGAUUGGGCUUGUCAUGCAGCACGAGGGCGGCGGGCACGCUCAGCUACAUGGCUCCCGAGCACCUGGACAGCAUCCACACCAUCUCCACGGAGAAGUCUGACGUCUACAGCUUUGCUAUUGUGGUUUGGGUCAUCGUCACAGUCAAAGAGCCAUAUGCAAAUGCCAGGAAUGAAGAUCACAUCAGCCAAUGUGUCCGCAAGGGCGACCGCCCUGCGAUGGAUCUUAUUCCUGCUGACACACCUGCAGAGAUUCUUCAACUCAUGGAGAGGUGCUGGAAUCACAACCCCAAACAAAGACCUACAUUUCUCGAGGGCUACUACCUCUUUAAUGAUUUCUACAAGACAAAGCUUGAACUGCACGUGGAGAAAGAUUUAACUCAUCUACGGGUCUCAUACGAAGGCCCAGACGAACUUGUGGAGAAGAUGAAGUGUCUAUCAAUGACUGACGAACGUUUACCCUCAGAUUCUCCAGCGUUUUUGAAGAGCACAUCAUCUGAACCGGUUGAGGCCAGUAUUGAAGAUAUUCAUGGUAUUCCAAUUGAGGUGAAUGUGGAGUCUGUGGGGCCCUCCGUUGAGGCGGAUGCAGACAUGUAUAGAAGCUCCUCAUUGGAGGACAAACUGCAACAGGAGUUGGAGUACCACAAACAUGGCAGCUACAACUGUGGGAACCAGCCUGACUCGGUCAACAGCCAGCAACUAAACCUGUCCUCUGUCCAUUCCUGGGUACAAGGGGCACCUGUGCAAGCAAGCAGCAAUGAUCAUGCCCGGAGUCAUCCAACCAGCUGCCUCCAUGAGUCCAUGACCACUUCCACGUCAAGACUAAAUUCUUUGCAAAAUUUAAAUCAGCAACAUCCAUAUUCUGACUAUUCACAGCAAAAGUCCUGGCCUGCAUCCUCAACUGUUGAAACAAGAUCCACAGACCUCACUUUUAAUGGAUACACCCCCAGCUUUAACAAGGGCGGCGGGGCACAGGAUUCAGGACAUGUUUACAUUUCCCAUUCCAAGGGGAUCCAGAUUGGCAGCAAUAACAACCUCAAUAUUAUCAACCACGACCACGUUCACAGGGUUGUGUCUCUUCCUCCUAACCUGUGGACUGAUCCCCAUUUCAAAGAACAACUUCAGAAAUAUGAGCACCACUCUGUGACAAAAGAGCACCUGGACGUACUGCAGAAAAACAUCGGCCAAAAUUGGAAGAGUUGCGCACGGCGCCUGGGUUUGACUGAUGUGGAAAUCGAGGGUAUAGAACAUGACUUCUACCGAGACGGCCUGCCAGAAAUUGUGCAUCAGACGCUGCAGAAAUGGAAAAUGAAGGUGGGGAGAAAUGGCUGCACGGUCGGGAAGCUUUGUCGCGCUCUCGAAGGUAGCAUCGAUGUUCACGUCAUCAGUACAAUAUUCGACCUCUGUGGCUCCAUUUCCCAAAUCCAAUGAAACUCUCUCUUUCAACAACAACCACGCCUAGUGUGCCGCCCUCGACAUGUAGGAAUAUCUUGGCUUUACCCCAACACCUUUGCUUGAUCAAACACUCUGAAAAACAUCUUCUUGUCCACAGGUUUAUUGACCUUAAAAAGGGUAAAACUGAAAACGGAUGCUUACAUUUAAGACAUGCACACACAAGCAUACUACAAUAACAAAUGCAUUAUGUUGUGUAAUGGAUGAAGAAACACCACAAAAUAUGUAUUUUAAGCACUCUACAGAAAACUAGCUUACUAUGCUAGCAUUCGCUUCAUAGUAUGAAAUUACGUAAAUUAGCAUGGCUGACUUAUGGCCAUAAAACGUCCCAAAUUACAUCACAGCCAACAAAUAAUACACCGCAAUCAAAUAUUACCAUGCUACUCAACGAUACGCAAUUGAUCAGAUGAAAGCGUUUGCAAUCGUCACUGAACUAGCUUAAACUAGACCUGAUAGGAACUCCUUGUGCACUGCGAACUUGGGAAAUGCUGUUAAGUAGGCAAUGCUGCCUCCCGUUGUCUAAAGGAGCUCACUGUUGAAUUCCAAAAUGAACUUAAACACUAAUUUUUACAUAUAUUCUUAAUACAUUUAACAGACAAGACAGAACACAGAGAAUUUGCCAAAGUCUCCUUUUAAUGACUGCUUUUGCGAUUUCUAUAUUUUCAACCAACUAUUUGUAGCCAUGCAGAAAGCUAAUCGAAUGUACCAACAUCUGAAUUUUAACUAGGUGCCAAAUCAGUACAAAUGUGUACAUCUUCAUCAUUGCCUCACUUGUGAAAACUGCAAUCAUGGUCAGAAUUUACAGAAAGCUGAACAAUUCGAUUUCAUUAACAGUUCAGCAACAACCAAUCCCAAUUUCAGUAGUUUUUUGUUACCAGCAACAUUCAAACCUUUGAUUCUGGCCAAGCAAAGUCCGAGCUACUGUACACACUCCCUUUGCUGACUUUGUUUUGGUUCAACUUGUAUUCCACUCUAGUGCUGUGCGGUAUUACAAUAUAUAUAUAUUGUAGGACAACAUAAAAAUGUAUUUUCGUACAAUAUCACUAUUGUUUAUAUAUCAACAUUUUUACAUCUAUCCUGCGGCUAAUGUUACUGCAGCAUUUUUGUGGUAGCAUUUUUACGUCACUUGAAAUAAUUUACGGCAAGAGAAUGGAUGUGAACAACGUAGCAGUCCGCUACUUGCAGAUACGGAAAGCACAAUGGAAGCUAAGCCCACAAACCCAGAAGAGGAAAUUGUGCCCAAAAUAGGAAAACGUAAAUCCUUUGUUUGGCUUUGGUUUGGAUUUCAAAAGAGACAGACCGAGCAACACUACUGUAUUUUUCGGACUAUAAGGCGCACUUAAAAUCCUUUCAUUCCCUCAAAAAUCGACAGUGCUCCUUAUAACCCAGUGCGCCUAAUGUACGGCAUAAUUCUGGUUGUGCUUACCGACCUCGAAGCUAUUUUAUUUGGUACUUGGUGUAACGAUAAGUGCGGCAAGUCCCACAUAAGAGAUACGCCAGUAAACAACACCAAAACUUUAAAUGUUCCUUGAGAAUAUAGAACAUUACACACACGGCGCUCAAAAAUCUGUCAAUGUUUUUAGUACGACGCUACACCGCUACAACAAAGAUGACGGGGAGAAGACGCUGUCGAAGGUGAGCCACGUAAUUAAGACCGCCCAAAAAUGGCGCAUCCUGAAGCGACUGUCAGAAAGCAACUUGACAAUGAUCUGUCAAACAUCAUCUAUGCAACAUUUUGACCAAAGAACCACCAUUACAUGUGAUGUAGACCACAAAGAAAUGUUUUACAUUUAGAAAAAAAUCAUAAUAUGACCCCUUUAACGCGGCCUAUAAUCUGGUGCGCCUUUUGUAUGAAAAUAGACCUGAAUAGACAUCGGCAGUGCGCCUUAUAAUCCGGUGCGUCCUAUGGUCCAGAAAAUACAGUAAUUGCAAAAGUUUCAAGUUUAUUCACAAUACCAUAUAACAAUUACAAUAGUAGUGAAAUAUUAUCAUUUAAAGAUGUUGGUACGUGAAAGGGUCCCCCAAAUAAGCUAGAAGAAGCUUUUGACAGGGGGUCCAGAGGACAGUAUAUACAUGGAAUGAUGAAACAUGGUAGCAAGCACAACAACAAAAAACAAAAAAAAACAACGCUAUAUGAUUAACACAAGAUAAUAGCACUAAAGCAAGCAUACACAUACAUUCAUACAUUCAUUCAACCAUGCAAAACCCAAAUAUGUCGCCAAAAGCGACUUCAUUCUUCCUUCCUGAAGACGCGGCAUGAAGAACAGUACAGAGACCGUGUUAACAUGCUACAAAGUAUCUCAAAACCACAAAGGGAUGAAAAGAAUAAGAGUUGUUUAAAGCAGUGGUUCUUAACCUUUUUGACUUUGGUGCCCAACUUUUCCACUACACAGGGGACCGGGCCCCCACUCAAAUAUUACCACUGAAUUAGUAAUUGUACUCUUGAUUUAAAUCGUAUUCAAUAAUUAUAUCUAACCUACUUUAAGUUUACAAACUUGUCAAAUGAUAUAAAACCAUGUGCUAUUCAACACAUACAUCUUAGGCUGAAAUCAGGCUGUCUAGAAAAAUAAGUAAACAAAUGUACUGCAUAAGAAGGGGCUCAUAAAUAAUUGAUGAGAAAUUAAUGUACAUACAAUUAUGUAGUGCUAAAAUAAGUACUUGAUAAUGAAGGUUUCUUAACUAGACUGUCAAUAAAAUUGAAGUGAAAAAGAAAAUACAGUUUCACUAAUUUAGUCAUAUUUCUUGCGCUUAAGAAACUUCGAUGACUUUUCUGUUUGUUGGAGAUUGUCAUUAUUGCCACAAGUGGUGGAAAAGUGUAUUACAACUGAGUACCUCUGCAGCCCAUACAAACCGCAGCUGAGAAACAUAAUUUUUGGCGGCCUUCGAGGGCACGCUUGCGGCCCAAUAUUGGUUAAGAAACACUGGUCAAAAGGCACCGUCUAUGACAAGCAGUCUCGCAUGCAAUAAGAAAUGACAGGAGCCGUCUCAUAUGACAUGACCUAGUACUGUACACUGUACAAGAAGGGCUGGCACUUCACAACAUAUAUUUUAUAUAUAAAAAGGUUAAAAGAAAAGACCAUCAAAAAAAUAUAUAUAUAUAUAUUUUGUUGUAAAUAAAGGAAAGAGAAGAGAAAUUAGAAUAAUUUAAUUUAAUACAGUAGAUGAUUUUAAGAAAAAAAUACUAUAUAAUGAUAUAUCUAUUAUCGAAAUAUAAAACAACCUGUAUCAAGAUCUAUAUUUUUGUCCCUAUCGCACAGCACUAUUCCAAGAGAUGUUGCCUUCUACACUCACUGUAGAUAGAUAGAUGGUACUUUAUUGAUUCCUUCAGGAGAGUUCCCUCAGGAAAAUUUUAAAAACACUCACUGUAGGUGUGUGUUUUGUGCACUUACAGUAUCUCUCUCCUUUUAUGUUGAAUCUCCCGCAGCUAAAGCAGGCAAGUUUAUUCAAGUGGUGGGCGAUAAAAAAAUGUUUUUUUCAAUAAUGUUAAAUUCUGAUAAACACAUCAAUAAAGUCUAUACAGCAUGCGUGUCUGUCUGUUGAAUAAGUCUGUAAAUCACUUUGUUGCAUCUGUUAUGUAUGAAAACAUUCAUUUGAUAAACAGUGUGUAAUUUUUCGCACAAAUCGGUUGCAAACUAUACUAACACUGUCUUACUCCGUGUUGACUGCUGUAUACGUUUAUCAUAAAGGAACACGCGUGAUAAUACCUGUUAAACCCACUAUCUUUAAUGUUCAAUUAAAAGCCCUAUUUACACCAAAUGGAUAAUCCCACAGUUAUUGUUCAGUAAACUCACAACAACAAAUUACAGUAUUAUGUGUCAUCUACGCGGACCAGUAUAUAGAUCCAAUACAGUAUAUACUAGGGUUGUCCCGAUACCAAUAUUUUGGUGCCGGUACCAAAAUGUUUUUCGAUACUUUUCUAAAUAAAGGGGACCACACAAAUAUCAAUUUACCAGUCGAUCUACGUUCCCAUCCUCACCUAUGGUCAUGAGCUUUGGGUUAUGACCUAAAAGACAAGCGGCCGAAAUGAGUUUCCUCCGCCGGGUGGCGGGGCUCUCCCUCAGAGAUAGGGUGAGAAGCUUUGCCAUCCGGAGGGAGCUCAAAGUAAAGCCGCUGCUCCUCCACGUUGAGAGAAGCCAGAUGAGGUGGUUCGGGCAUCUGGUCAGGAUGCCACCCGAACGCCUCCCUAGGGAGGUGUUUAGGGCACGUCCGACCGGUUGGAGGCCAUGGGAAAGAGCCAGGACACGUUGGGAAGACUAUGUCUCCCGGCUGGCCUGGGAACGCCUCGGGAUCCCCCGGGAGGAGCUGGACGAAGUGGCUGGGGAGAGGGAAGUCUGGGCUUCAAUGCUUAGGCUGCUGCCCCCGCGACCUGACCUCGGAUAAGCGGAAGAAGAUGGAUGGAUGGAUGGCUUUAUUUUAACAAAAAAUCUUAGAGUACAUUAAACAUAUGUUUCUUAUUGUAAUCGAAGAACAUAAAUAAUAGUGAACAUACUAGACAACUUGUAUUUUAGUAGUAAGUAAACAAACAAUGGCUCCUAAUUAGUCUGCUGACAUAUACAGUAACAUAUUGUGUCAUUUAUCAUUCUAUUAUUUUGUCAACAUUAUGAGGGACAAGCUGUAAAAAUGUAUUAUUAAUCUACUUGUUCAUUUACUGUUAAUAUCUGCUUAUUUUCUGUUAUAACAUGUUCUAUCUCCACUUCUUGUUAAAAUGUAAUAAUCACUUAUUCUUCUGUUUGAUACUUUACAUUAGCUUUGGAUGAUACCACAAAUGUAGGUAUCGAUCCGAUACCAAGUAGUUACAGGAUCAUACAUUGGUCAUAUUCAAAGUCCUCAUGUGUCCAGGGACAUAUUUCCUUUAUAAACAUAACAUACAUUUUUAAAAAAGGAAAAAGUAAUCAUAGUAGUAUCGACUAGAUACGCUCCUGUACUUGGUAUCAUUACAGUGGAUGUCAGGUGUAGAUCCACCCAUGGCGUUUGUUUACAUUGUGACGCCGGUGAGCUAUUUUCUCCUCCUACGGUGUGUAGUGAAGCAUGUUUAGCUAUUCCUCGUCCUGCAGGGAUGAUACUUGUAAGAAACUUACUUUGUCGCCAUGGAGGCGAGGAUUAGAAGUAGCUAAAACACUGCUGAUUGCGGAUGGACAUUUUCCGCUAACUAGCUAGCCAUGUCUUAAAGCACCUCUUCCUGAGGGUGUUUUAGUGUUGUAACUUCACCUUUAUCGUUAGUUUUAGGCCAAAAUGUGUCCAUUCUCCCUUUUCUGUCUACACACUGUGUCUGCUUGUAAGUACUCUGUGAUGGUGCACUGCCGAACAUGCUCCUCUGCUCGUAAAAACCAGCAAUGUCACGACGUGACGACGACGCGCCGUCAUGCCCGUUACUUUUUAGAGGCAGUAAAGUACCGAAUAUGAUUUUAUUGUCACAAUGUCAUCCAGGAACAUGUUUUAAAUGUUUAGUUGAAUGCACAAUAUUUUUCUGCCCAAUACUUGCCAAUACUUACAGUAGGCUGUAUUUUGGAGUAAAAUUUGCCAGCAAGCACAAUAAUCGGAGUCUCCUCUCUCAUCUUUGCACUGACCGUCAAAAUGCGUGAUUUAUGCGAUCUUUUUUUGUGGUUAAUCACAUAAAGUUAACUCAUUAUUUUUGACAGCCGUUGGAAACCAGGUAGGAUGUUGAGACAAGUCGGUAGUGGUGGGUUUUAUCGGGCGGUAGUGGAACACUUGGGGGAAUAGAGUACCUAAUUCACUUGAAUCAGUACAAAGGAAUCCCAUUUCCCAUCACUACUGUAUUGUUCACUGCUCGCUGUACAUAUCCUACCAAGUCAGUCCUACACUGUUUCAUUGUCCAUUUCUCAGAUGAUGCAAUUGUUGAUGACCGAAGUGCUGAAAUCAACCAAACCUAACCCCACCCCCCACCCCCAACUGCAUCCCCCACAUCCCACCCACCGGAUUGUAAAUAAUGUAAAUAAUUCAAUUUAUAUUCUCUGAUGAUUAACUUGUGUGAUAACUGUAUUAUGAUGAUAGUAUAUAUUUGUACCAUGAAUUGAUUAAUGUGGACCCGGACUUAAACAUAAUGAAAAACUUAUUCGGGUGUUACCAUUUAGUGGUUAAUUGUACGGAAUAUGUACUGUACUGUACAAUCUACUAAUAAAAGUUUCAAUCAAUCAAUCAAUCAAUAGAAGGGUGUUUCUGUCAUGACACAAGAACACCCAAUAGGGCCUUCCGGGUGUCGUUUCAGCGACCAACCACGGCCUACCAGAAAGGACACGGUUGUCAAACUGAAGACCCGGGGGCCAGAUGUGGCCCGCCUCUUCAUUUUAUUUGGCCCUGGA